AAAAUAACGGAACUCAUUGCGCCGGUGUUUAGGCUAAUAGACGCUAGCAUGCUAACCGCCAGGUGCAGGAGCUAGUAGACUAUUAAAAGCAUGCAAAUGGCAUAGAAUUUGUCAUGAUGGUUUUUGUGUUUGCUUUCUAAAAAAGUUACCAAAUAACGGGGUCGAGGAAUGCGCGCUAACUGUAAGCUAUAUCUUGUCUUAUUUAAUUCUUUAAUUUCAUAAACAAGAUUAAUAAUUGAGGUGUUGAUAUCCAUUAAAGUAAAUAUUAUCACUUUGCUUCGUUAUUCAGUCUUUAUUCAUAACACAUUUGUCCUGAAUACACAAAUGUAAAUAAUCUUGACAUGUGUUUGUAGAGAAGCCGGUUCUAGCUGUGAUCGGGUGGUAACUGGCCUGCUACUCACACGUGUAUGCUUUGCCAAUAACAGCUGUUUUAUUUCCUGUAGUUUCACAGCUCCUGUGGUGGUGACCCAGGUUGCAGUGACAUGGUAAUAUUUACUGAAUGGCCUCGGGCGUCUGCGAUCCAGAAGAGCAGCAGUGGUUUGCCAAUGACUGGCGAAGACACUGGUUUGGGGGCUUUGACCUCACCACUGGCGGGGUAUUUGGGAAAAGUUCAGGAGAGAGUUGCUUCACUGGAGCAUUGUCCAUGGUGUACAGUAAAAGGCUUGACCUAUUUUCUGCGCUCUUACUGCAUUAACCUCCAGGAGUCAAUCACCCUCUGCACAAACCCACAGUGCCUCUUCCCUUUGGUCAGCCAGCCCUUGGAGGAUGUUUUGGCCAGUUUGGAUGCCGUGGAGCCCACUACUGGGAACAAAAGAAAAAUUUCCCCGGAAGGGCAAGAACCGUCACUCAAACGUGUGCGAUCAAAUGAGCACUCAGAUCAUGUCCUUGUAGAUGGUCAUAAUAGCCAACAUGCAGCAGCAAAGACAGAUGAUGAAAAUGAAUACAGUGGAGAUUUGGAUUUCCCAGUUGCUGGGUCAAAACAGUGGGAAUCGCCACGAGAGGAUACUUUUCAGGGGAAGGAAUCAGAGAGUUCUGCUUGUACAGAUGGUCUUAUACUGCCUACAUGCUUGGCCACAGCUGGUCACAUGCUGGGCUCAUCAGAAGCCUUGUCGACCACUGAAGAGGACGAGCUGGUGCUGUCGCCUAUAACAAAGGGACAAGAUGAAUGUGAGAAGGCCAAGGGUCUUGUUGAGAUGACCAACAGACCCUGCGGCCUGCACUUGAGCCAGACCACUUUCCAAAAUGGGGACGAUUAUGCAAAUGAAAUGACUACAUCAUUCUCUGGACACAAUGAGCUGAGAAAACGAACGGAACCAAUCAUGAAGACUGCGGACGUCUCUGCAUGUAAGGACGUGGAAGAUAUUAAGUCAGAAACCCCAGUAAAGGACUCUGAGGAGCUUGCAUCUGUUUCCAGUCGGCUUUUCUGGAGGAAUCGUGACAACCUGUGCUGGCUGGACUCUGUACUUGUUGCUUUGGUGAACUUGAAGAGUUUGAGGAAGGUGAUGCCUAAAGAUGAGCCUCAGCAGUCGCCUGUGUGGCGACUAAUAACAGGAUAUGAUGAAGCCUGUGCAGCCAUCCAACAACAUCAACAAACUGGCACAGAUGAUUUUGUGACGGUGCCACAUGGAGUGUUGCAGAAAGCCAAUACAGACCUUCAGAGCAUCAGGAUGUCAGUUUUCAAUCAUUUGCAGCCCAAGCUUCAUUGCAAACCGGGUCAGAAAGAAAUGCCGGUGUUUGCCCUGCCGCUUUUGUUAAAGAAGGAUUGUUGGGUGGAGCCGCUCUUCCAGUCGACCUUCCACUGGGACUUCCACUGCACUGAAUGCAAAACUGCCACCAGGGAAAAGGUUACAAAAACUCUUCCCACUUUCACCAAUAUCAUGGCUGAUUGGCACCCGCUUCGAGCAGCUCACCUGGGCCCCUGCAACAGGUGCCACAGGAACAAUCAGAGAAGGACCAUGAUGCUGGAGAGAGUUCCUCCAGUGUUUGCACUGCACUUUGUUGAGGGUCUUCCCGACACUGAUGUCAGAAUCUACACCUUCAGCUUCAAGGGGAAACGCUACUCCAUCACGACCGUCAUUCAAUACAACAAUGACCUGAAGCACUUUGUCACCUGGAUUUCCAAAUCUGAUGGUUCUUGGUUGGAAUUUGAUGAUUUGAAACAUCCACAUUGUAAGAUCCAUCAAAGGCUUGAGGUUCCUGCUCAGGAGAUCCACAUCGUGUUCUGGGAGGAGGAGGAUGAAGAGCCUCGCGUCUGUUCCCCCUCUAGCACAUUCACUGAAAACCCACCCUCCAAAAACAAGAAGAACCUCAGUAAAACAAACAUGGACUUAAGAAAUGAUGAACUGGUAACAUGCACUUCUGAUCACUCCCUUCUCGUUUCUCCAGAUGACACCGACAUUAUCUGUGCGUUGUCUGAAUCUGGUAACGACACCAACAUCAUGGACACAAUGGUCACAGCGGCCAUGGACACGUCAAUAGGUUCCACAACGCUGCUCGAUACCUUCGAAGGACUCACUCAUAAUGACAUUAUUACGCUCACAUUAGUGGAAAUUAAAGGAGACUCAGAAACACAGCCUUCAAACGACAACCAACAAACUCAGGAUUUACCUUUUUCAGACACUACGACUAAAAUCCAAGACCCCACCCAUGACCCCGAUAGCUCCUCCACUGUUAUAGAUAAUGAAACGUCUCACAACCCCGAGGAUCCAGCUUCUAAUUUGUCUGACAGUGGAUCUAGUGAUGCUUCAUCCAACGAUCCCACAUUUGUGCCUGGAUCCAGGAGGGGAAGAGGACGAGGGAGAGGGAGGGGGGGAGGGAGAGGGAGAGGCCGAGCAGCUACAAGUAAAACUGUCAGCAGGCAAAAAGGGAAAAAGGCCCCCGUGUCAAAAACAGCAUCGGAGAGCUCUAAAGUUAGCAGCACUGACCCUGUUGAUGUAACGGCACCAAAUGAUGACCCCACACCUGGUGAAACAACACAACAAGCCUCUCCUGUGUCUUCUACCCACACCUCAGCACCGCCCCCCACUCAGCAGGUUUCCACAGCGCUGGAUCAGAAUGCCCGCUGGUCCUACCUUCUCAGCAAACACCCCCUCAACCAUAUUCACAAUUCCAAAGCUAAAGUCACCCCCACCCACACACCUUCGACAUUCACACAGGUAAAGCCCACUCCUUUUACUCACUCUACCCCCAACCUAGUAAGAAGACAGCAGCCCCCCGCUGGGCUCUGGCCUAAACCACAGCUCAGGACAGAAGACAGUGGAGGUGUGCCUCUGAAAGCUGCAGAGAUGUAUGGUGCAUUUGGCUCAAAGAACCUGAACACACCAAGACCACUUCCAUCUCCUGCACCGCUCAGUGUCAAAACAAAACCACUUCAUUCUGUUGCUCCUCAUGCGGCGUCUGGUACGUCACUUUUUACUUCUGUAGCAAAGGGGCUCCCUAAAACAUCGUCCUUAAAGAAACACAAGAGCCUUUCGUCCAAGAUUCCUCCAGGUCUCAGCGAUACAGAAGCGCUCAGGUACAAGCUAAUAAAGAAACUGAAAUCGAAGAAGAAGAAGCUCGCCAAGUUGAACCAACUAUUGUGUCACCAGGCAGAUGGGAGCCUCAAACCAGACAGCACCCACCUGGGCUCACCCAGCACCGUUACCUCCAGCACCUAUGACGGCUCCACCUGUGAGGAUUUAUUCUCAGACCUGCUCUCGCCAGCAACAACAGCCAGUAACCUUUCACCAGACAGCACGGGUUUCCUAGAGAUGUUCGCCAACGGGCAGGACGGCGCCGACCACUUGGACUCCAGGGUUGCGGCUUUGAGUGGAGCAUCACUGACAAACACUGGAGUGAAAGGAACCAUCCCCACCACUACAGAAAACUUCCUGGAUGAGUUCAUCUGUCAGGCUGAGGCUGAGCAUCCAACCGAGAUGGAGACGGAAGCACUUAGUGCCCUCGACAUUUUCUUUGAAGCUGUUGGAUAGAUGUUAUCUGCAAGCUAUAAGCAUAGAUAACAUUUACCACGUCCUUACUAAUGAAAAAAAUAUGCAAAAUGACUACAAUUAGUCUACACCUUCUCUCUCAAGAUAAGCAUCCUGCUUCACUUUGAUAAAAGGUGAAAGUGGCUGGUCUAUGUUCAUGGGUGAUCCAGAUUGGUAGGAGAUUAUGCUUGCAUGUUUUUGUUGAAUCAUCAGCAUUGAAGGUGUGGCAAACCUGAAGGGUUUUUGUGUUUUUGCACUUUGUAGGUUAUCUACUGUAUGUACUUUGGUUGUAUGAAACCAUUAUGUUUACACACACAAGACUUGGCUUAGUUUAUUAUUUUUUAUAGCAAUUAAAUUGUCUCUGUUAAGAGAUGUAAUGAUCAAGUCACCAUUUCUUCAUGUGAUAUAAUAAAAUCUUGACUAGUUGUACAAUAUGUUUUAAGUGAUGUAAUUUAAGAUUACCUCAAUGCAUAAAAUAAAUUUUCAUUUUUGAUAUUAAA